AGGGAAACAAGCAGAAAGGAACCAGAGGCCAGUUGUAUAUAUAGGUUUCUUCAGCAUUUAUUGGUGGCAGAAGAGGAAGAUUUCUGAAGAGUGCAGCUGCCUGAACCGCAGCCCUGCCGAACAGCUGAGAAUUGCACGGCAACCAUGAGUGAGAACGCUAAGAAUUCCUUGGAGAGCAGCCUACGGCAACUAAAAUGCCAUUUCACCUGGAACUUGAUGGAGGGAGAAAAUUCCUUGGAUGAUUUUGAAGACAAAGUAUUUUACCGGACUGAGUUUCAGAAUCGUGAAUUCAAAGCCACAAUGUGCAACCUACUGGCCUAUCUAAAGCACCUCAAAGGCCAAAACGAGGAAGCCCUGGAAUGCUUAUGUAAAGCUGAAGAGUUAAUCCAGCAAGAGCAUGCUGACCAAGCAGAAAUCAGAAGUCUAGUCACCUGGGGAAACUAUGCCUGGGUCUACUAUCACUUGGGCCGACUCUCAGACGCUCAGAUUUAUGUAGACAAGGUGAAGCACAUCUGUGAGAAGUUUUCCAGUCCCUACAGAAUUGAGAGUCCAGAGCUUGACUGUGAGGAAGGGUGGACACGGUUAAAGUGUGGAGGAAACCAAAAUGAAAGAGCGAAGGUAUGCUUUGAGAAGGCUCUGGAAAAGAAACCAAAGAACCCAGAAUUCACCUCUGGACUGGCAAUAGCAAGCUACCGUCUGGACAACUGGCCACCAUCUCAGAACGCCAUUGACCCUCUGAGGCAAGCCAUUCGGCUGAAUCCUGACAACCAGUACCUUAAAGUCCUCCUGGCUCUGAAGCUUCAUAAGAUGCGUGAAGAAGGCGAAGAGGAAGGUGAAGGAGAGAAAUUAGUUCAAGAAGCCUUGGAGAAAGCCCCAGGUGUAACAGAUGUACUUCGCAGUGCAGCAAAGUUUUAUCGAAGAAAAGAUGAGCCAGACAAAGCUAUUGAACUGCUUAAAAAGGCUUUAGAAUAUCUACCGAACAAUGCCUACCUGCAUUGCCAAAUUGGGUGUUGCUAUAGGGCAAAAGUCCUCCAAGUAAUGAAUCUAAGAGAGAAUGGAAUAUAUGGGAAAAGAAAGUUACUGGAACUAAUAGGACACGCUGUGGCUCAUCUGAAGAAAGCUGAUGAGGCCAAUGAUAAUCUCUUCCGUGUCUGUUCCAUUCUUGCCAGCCUCCAUGCUCUAGCAGAUCAGUAUGAAGAAGCAGAGUAUUACUUCCAAAAGGAAUUCAGUAAAGAGCUUACUCCUGUAGCAAAACAACUGCUCCAUCUGCGGUAUGGCAACUUUCAGCUGUAUCAAAUGAAGUGUGAAGACAAGGCCAUCCACCACUUUAUAGAGGGAGUAAAAAUAAACCAGAAAUCAAGGGAGAAAGAAAAGAUGAAAGACAAACUGCAAAAAAUUGCCAAAAUGCGACUUUCUAAAAAUGGAGCAGAUUCUGAGGCUUUGCAUGUCUUGGCAUUCCUUCAGGAGCUGAAUAAAAAAAUGCAACAAGCAGAUGAAGACUCUGAGAGGGGUUUGGAGUCUGGAAGCCUCAUCCCUUCAGCAUCAAGCUGGAAUGGGGAAUGAAGAAUAGAGAUGUGGUGCCCACUAGGCUACUGCUGAAAGGGAGCUGAAAUUCCUCCACCAAGUUGGUAUUCAAAAUAUGUAAUGACUGGUAUGGCAAAAGAUUGGACUAAGACACUGGCCAUACCACUGGACAGGACUAUGUUAAUUGCUGGGUCUUCAGAAAGCCCAAGGAGUUCUGGGAGAGGGACCAGAUUGGGGGGUAGGUCCAAGGGCUUGGUGAUAGAAUUAUUUCUCAAUUGACUUCUUGAGUGCAGUUUGAACUGUAACAUUUGCUUAGUCACCUUUAGUGGAGUAGUCCACUGGGCUUGUUUCUAUGUUUAUAUAAAGCAGCCAAAUCCUUCAUGUAAUAUUGAAGUCCAUUUUUGCAAUGUUGUUCCGCAUUUGGAGCCAUUUUGCAUCCCAUAGAGGUUAGUCCUGCAUAGCCAGUAAUGUGCUCAGUUCAUCCAAAAGCUGGGGGCCAAAGUCUAAAUAGGGCUCGGUAUCCCCCAUCUCUUACCUCUGCCUCCUUCCUCCUCCUUCCCAGCCUAUCAUCAAUCUUGAGUAUUCUACACAACGUGAAUUCAAGUGCCUGAUUAAUUGAGGUGGCAACAUAGUUGAGAAGAGAGCAGAGAACAGGAAGAGACAUAGCUAGAAGCAAUGGGUGCAAAAAGCAAUGUGUACAAGACUUUCAGCAAGCAUAGAGAGAGUUCACCUCUACUCUGCCCUCCUCAUAGUCAUAAUGUAACAUGUAAAGAAUGAAAAUGGAUUCUGUACAAUACGCUAAAAACCAACAUAAUGUCUUUCUUUAAAACCUGUGUGGAAAAAAUAAAUGUUCCAUCUAUAGGGAUAGGGAAAAAGUAACCAAAAGAGAGAAAGAGAAGGGAAUGCUGGUUUAUCUUUGUAGAUUGUAAUCAAAUGGAGAAAUUUUCAAUAUUUUAGCCAUUGUUAGGAAUUUUUUUUUGGUAAAAGGAAGACUGACUUUGUUCAAAUGCUUUCAUGAACCUGGUUUGAGAUGAUAGGAAAGCAACAAAAUGGGGAACCUGGUGACUAAGGGCCUGGUGCAAGGUCUUGGGAAAUGUCAUUGACAAUAGAUGGUGGGGUUUUCCCCCCUUUAGAAAUGUUGGAUAUUAAGUGAUAUAAACACUUCUAACUCUGAAAAUCUUCUGAGAAAUCCCCAAAUUCAUGGUAUUCUUGGACAACUGGGAUUUUCUAGGAAGAUACUGAAUGGCCUAGA